AUGGUCACCAGGACAGAGGGUCAAAUUGAUGACUCUCUAAUUGGUGGCAAUGCCUCUGCUGAAGGUCCUGAGGGAGAUGGAACAGAAGCCACAGUCAUAACCGGUGUUGAUAUAGUAAUAAACCACCAUCUGCAAGAAACCAGCUUUACAAAAGAAUCCUACAAGAAGUACAUCAAGGAUUACAUGAAAGCAAUCAAAGCCAGACUUGAGGAACACAAGCCAGAGAGAGUAAAGCCUUUCAUGACAGGGGCAGCAGAACAAAUCAAACAUAUCCUUGCGAACUUCAAAAACUACCAGUUCUUUGUAGGAGAGAACAUGAAUCCAGAUGGUAUGGUGGCUCUCCUGGAUUUCCGUGAGGACGGUGUGACCCCGUAUAUGAUUUUCUUUAAGGAUGGCUUAGAAAUCGAGAAAUGUUAACAAAUCAAACAUUAUGGUUUUGGAUCACCUGUCUUCAUAGCUGGCUGCUGUUUCUUCUUCAUCGGCACAACACCAGGAAUCGGCAAUGUCUAACUGGACUGAUGUCAUCUUGAGCUUUAUUCACUUACUUUGACCCUGAUUUGGAGUGGAGGCAUUGUUUUAAAAAAGAAAAAAAAAAACCAUCUGUCAUGUAGAUUGUCAAAAUAAAACUCAUUUAAAUCCAUUCUA